AAUUACUUCCCAAAUGAUGUUGAAAGACCUCUGCCUUUGAUAAUACAUGUUGAGGACACAGAGGAGAACGCACCGAUUUAUGUCCUGGUUGCUUGCAUUUGGUACAGCACGCAUUGUCUUCAUCUGGGUCUUCAUUCUUCUCUUUGAUCUCAAAGUUUUGUUUGCGUUUUCUGCCUUUCGAACCAACUAUAGGUACAAUGAAGUCGCUUACUAAUGAUGAAUUUACCAACUUUUAAAGCCAUUAUGAGGUGCUUACCUUGAUCUGCAGUUUCCGGCUCAUAUAAUUCACAUUUAAAGUAUUGUUUGGUGUAGUGACCCCCUUUACCGCAAUCAAUACACGUUACAUC